AAUGUCAUAUACAGGUGAAUGUAAUUUGAGGAAAAUGUAUUAACUAUUUUAUGAAAUUAUAAGUAAAUUUACUGAUUUUAUCACCAUGUUUACUAGAUCUAGAUUACUUUUCUCAAGAGCUAUUUCUCUAAGGAAUGUUUUGAAGCCGGAUUACCAAAAUGAGGCUCGUUUUCUUUAUAGCAUCACAUCGGUGAGAAGUCGUUCCACUACUCCGCUCAAUACAAUUAUAAUGUUUGUUCCACAACAAGAGGCCUGGAUAGUUGAGCGAAUGGGUAAAUUCCAUCGGAUACUUGAACCUGGAUUAAACCUGCUAUGGCCCAUUGUUGAUAAAAUAAAGUAUGUACAAAGUUUAAAAGAAAUAGCUAUAGAUGUACCGAAACAAAGCGCCAUCACUUCUGAUAAUGUUACAUUGAGCAUUGACGGAGUGUUGUACCUACGCAUUAUAGACCCAUAUUUAGCAUCAUAUGGUGUUGAGGACCCUGAAUUUGCUAUAACGCAACUUGCUCAAACUACCAUGCGAUCAGAGCUUGGUCAAAUAUCUUUGGAUAAAGUGUUUAGAGAGAGAGAGUCACUUAAUGUGUCUAUAGUGCAUGCAAUCAACAAAGCAAGUGAAGCUUGGGGUAUUACCUGCCUCCGAUAUGAAAUUCGUGAUAUUAAGCUUCCGACGCGAGUUCAUGAGGCCAUGCAAAUGCAAGUAGAAGCAGAGCGAAGGAAACGGGCUGCUAUACUGGAAUCUGAAGGUGUGAGAGCUGCUGACAUUAAUGUCGCAGAGGGUAAACGCCAAGCAAGAAUUUUAGCUUCAGAGGCUGAGAGGCAGGAACAGAUUAACAAGGCCUCUGGUGAAGCUCAAGCUAUGCUAGCGGUAGCUAAUGCACGUGCUCGCGGUCUCAAACUUAUAGCUAGUGCUUUAUCUGAACCGGAUAGUAAGCAUGCGGCAUCUCUAACACUAGCUGAACAAUAUGUAUCUGCAUUCAAUAAACUAGCAAGGACAAACAAUACUCUCAUUUUGCCAGCGAAUGCAGGAGAUGUAUCAAAUUUAGUAGCACAGGCUAUGUCAAUAUAUUCAACAGUUACAGCACACAAUGCUCAAUCACCACAAGACCAAUCUGCAAUAUCAGAUAGUUAUGCAGAUCCUUUCGUAAAAAUUAAUGCACUCACAGACAAAGGCACGACACUAGCAGGCCAGAGUAUUCCACAUGAAGAUGAUAGUUUGGCUGAAUAUUUCUCAGAUGAUGAAGAGAGGGAAAAAGCGUUACAAGCCCAGAAAGAGAAGAAAGAGCAGACUUUAAAUAAGUUAGAAAAAGAUACAUAGAAUCGUUAAGUAUAGUAGUGCUUAUUAAUAAAUUACAUAAAAACAUUUAUGUGUCAUGAACUCGUGAGUCAAAUAGCCUUCAUAUAUAGUUGAUAUUAGAAAAAAACAAAUUAAAAUAUAAUAUCAUAUUUAAUAGCAUCCAUUUAGUCAUGAUGCAAUCCAUAAAUUAUUAAAUAACAUUACUAUAUAACUAUAUUGUUUACUUACAUAAUAUUCACAUUUAUAACAGUCUUAUGAAAUUGACAUUUUUAACGUCGAUUUAUUUAAAAAAACUGCUAAUAAUACAAUUUGUACACAAUCAGUAGAAUCGAUUUUUAGAGGUGUUCUA